GGAAGUCUUUGCUACCUCGUGACGAGAAAGUGACGAAAGAAAAUAACCUCCACGUUUUUCGGGACAAGGAUUUGUGUGUACGAUAUUCCUGAUUUUCUUAAUAAACUGAAUGAAAAUUGUUGUUUAUUUCGCACGAAACUACGUAACCAGCCAUGUUCAGGAUUUGCAAGGCUUCGUUGAGACGAUGUGGUGGCGAGAUCCGCGGACCGAUGCUGGGACGACGAGAAUUCCAAAGUCGUCGACGGAUUGACGUCGAGGAGCUCGCAGUUGAUGAUGAACGAUGUGGGGAUUCGACGGCGUCGGCCCGUUGGAGUACAUCGGUCGGAUGGAUGUCCGGGAGAAGUAGGGCGGACGCGUGUGGGACGUUGCGCGCUUUACUGGAAAUAAAGCCGAAUGGUCGAAUGGUCAAACGGCCUCUCGUGGAGAACAGAAGCUUCUUGGCAACACUCUCUUGAUCAUCGUCAUUUCCAACUUGUUCCUUUUGUAUUCUAUCAUCUCAUCAUAAUGUUGUUGUUGUUGUUGUUGCUCUCCCUUCUCACAUCAAUGGCCGCGACGUCCUCGUUCGGUGCAUUUUGUUUUGUUCGCCGGCUUGCUUGCAAGUUGAUCUGCCCGAUCGAGACUUUCCGGCCAUCUCUUCAUGAUUUGUCCAGUUUUGUUUGUUCUGAGCCCUACGAGGAGAACAGGGAGCCA